UAUGUCUAAAAUUGAGAAGUAAAUAUAGAAAUAAAGAAAACUCAGUCAUGAAUUCGAAUAAACAUACAAUUCUACAGAAAUCCAUUCAAAUUUAUCUUUCUAUGAUGAGGAGAGAAGUUAAGAUUUUUAUGAUGAUAACUCAUUAGUUGAAGAAGACUUUUAAGAUAUAUGGGAAAUGUCAUCAAUUUGCACAGAGAAUGUACCUUUUUCUUUUAAAAAAAUAAGUCAUUAAAUCCACACUCUAUUGAAGAAAAUCCGAAAAAUAAAAGAAUUAGAGUUAGUCCACAUCCUGAAUUAGCAAUGAAAAGAGGGACCUCUAAUAAUGAAGGCAUUAAUUAUAAUGCUGCUGAAAGCAUUACUAAAAAUGCUAAUUCUGGCAAGGGCAUUGCCAUUCACGUGCUUGGACAAGGAUCCAUAGGUACAAAGAGCAAGAAGGAUUAAAAAUCACAAAAAUUACUCAAUAAAUAGCUUCGAUGGAAUAAUGAUAAUAAUAAUAAUAAUAAUAAUCAUGAUAAUAAUAAUAAUAAUAAUGAUAAUAAUAAUAAUAAUGAUAAUAAUAAUAAUUUGCAUCAACAACAAUAAAAUUAGUAUUAAUAAAAUAAUUCUUAUUAUGGUUAAUCACUAUCACUUCAACCUUAAUAAUAAUAAAGAGAGUCACAUUAGGAAGAUAAAUAAAUUAAAUAGAGUUAAAAAAUAACCCUUUCAUAUUUGUUGAUGGAGAGAGAAAUAGAAAAAUUAGCUAAAAUAAAAGCUAUAAAUUUUAUCGAGAAAUAUAUGGUAAAAUGUAAUGUGGAUGAAGUUGUAUAAAUGAUUUCAGAAACCUAUAAAAUUAUGUUAAUCCCUGAUUAAUAAUUACAAUAACUUAUAUCAGUUUUGAAUUAUGAAGACCGCCAAUUUUAAUUUAACUUAUCAUUACAACGUUUAAGUUUAUCGCGAAAUGUUCACCCUCUAGCAUCGAAGGCUGAUUAGAAACUAAGGAAGUUUUUUUUAAGUUGUUGAG